AUGAACCCACAGACGGCAACCAUUGAUGAAGUGGAAACAGAUGUGGUGGAGAUAGAGGCAAAGCUUGACAAGCUGGUGAAGCUAUGCAGUGGGAUGAUUGAAGCAGGCAAAGCCUACAUCACCACAAACAAGCACUUUGUCAGCGGAGUCAGGGACUUGUCACAACAGUGCAAGAAAGAUGAAAUGAUUUCGGAGUGCCUCGACAAAUUUGGGGACAGUCUGCAGGAAAUGAUCAACUAUCACAUGAUCCUGUUUGACCAGGCUCAGAGGUCUGUUCGGCAGCAGCUGCACAAUUUUGUGAAAGAUGACGUCCGGAAGUUCAAGGAAACCAAGAAACAGUUUGACAAGGUGCGAGAGGACAUGGAGAUUUCACUGGUGAAGAACGCGCAGGCGCCUCGGCACAAACCCCAUGAAGUGGAGGAGGCAACAGGAACCCUGACCAUAACCAGAAAGUGUUUCCGGCAUCUGGCCCUCGACUACGUGUUGCAGAUCAAUGUCCUGCAGGCCAAGAAGAAGUUUGAAAUACUGGAUGCGAUGCUGUCCUUCAUGCAUGCCCAGUACACCUUCUUCCAGCAGGGCUACAGUCUUCUCCAUGAACUGGAUCCCUACAUGAAGAAGCUUGCCACAGAGCUGGAUCAGCUGGUGAUUGAUUCCGCAGUGGAGAAGAGAGAGAUGGAGCAUAAGCACGCAAUGAUACAGCAGAGGACCCUCCUGCAGGACUUCUCCUAUGAUGACUCAAAGGUGGAGUUUAAUGUCGAUGCCCCAAAUGGUGUGGUGAUGGAAGGCUACCUCUUCAAGAGAGCCAGCAAUGCUUUCAAAACAUGGAAUCGGAGGUGGUUCUCCAUACAGAACAGCCAGCUGGUGUACCAGAAAAAACUAAAGGAUGUCCUCACGGUGGUGGUGGAAGACCUGCGCCUCUGCACUGUCAAGCCAUGUGAAGACAUAGAGAGGAGGUUCUGCUUUGAGGUUGUCUCGCCUACCAAGAGCUGCAUGCUGCAGGCUGACUCGGAGAAGCUGCGUCAGGCCUGGAUUCAGGCUGUCCAAGCCAGCAUCGCUUCCGCGUACCGGGAGAGUCCUGACAGCUACUACAUUGAAAGACUGGACCGAACUGCUUCCCCAUCAACGAGCAGCAUUGAUUCUGCUACCGACUCACGGGACCGCAAUGUGAAAGGGGAGACCAUCUUGCAGAGAGUGCAGAGCAUCCCUGGGAACGACCAGUGCUGUGACUGUGGUCAGCCAGAUCCCCGGUGGGCCAGCAUCAACCUGGGCAUCCUGCUAUGCAUUGAGUGCUCUGGUAUCCACAGGAGUCUGGGUGUCCACUGCUCCAAAGUCCGAUCUCUCACGCUGGACUCAUGGGAGCCAGAGUUACUGAAACUGAUGUGCGAGCUGGGGAACAGCACCAUGAAUCAGAUCUAUGAGGCACAGUGUGAAGAACUGGGGCUCAAGAAACCAACAGCGGGGAGCUCCAGGCAGGACAAGGAAGCCUGGAUCAAGGUGAAAUACGUGGAGAAGAAAUUCCUGAAGAAGCUACCAAGCGGGGAGGCUCUGGCAGAGAACGAGCGGAAACCUCGGCGCUGGUGCGUGAAGAAGUGCCAGAGGCACAACAGCACCACGAAAGCACCCACAGCUCGGAGAAAGUACCGCCACGAAGCAGGCAACGCGUCGCCAGCCAUGCUAUCCUCAGCAGCCACGCUGGAGAGGAAGUUCCGUCGAGAUUCCCUCUUUUGCCCUGAUGAACUGGACUCACUCUUCUCCUACUUCGACACUGGUGCUGGCUCUGGCCCACGCAGUGCCAGCCACAUCUCUAUGCAGCAUCCGCUAGCAGGUGGCCCAUGGAGUGGCAGUGGCAUUGGUCCCGGUGGGAGCGGUACGCCGUUCCUCCUGGACGGAGGCCCUGCAGGUCUGAGCAGUGACAGCGGACUUGGAGGAAGCACAGAUGGCAGCACUGAUAUCCUGGUGUUUGGCUCUGUGGUGGACAGCGUGACAGAGGAAGAGUGUGAGGUGUCAGAGGAGUCAAGUGGCGAAGCAGAGAUUGAACAGGAGGCAUCAGAUCUGGAGGACCUGAGGGAGCUGCAUCCCGGCCUGUUGAUCUACAAGGCAGCACAGGCCCGAAACCUGCCACUCAUGGCAGAAGCCCUGGCACAUGGUGCUGAGGUCAACUGGGUGAAUGAUGAAGACGAAAACAAAACUCCUCUGGUUCAAGCUGUGAUGGGGGGCUCCUUGAUAGCCUGUGAAUUCCUGCUGCAGAAUGGGGCAGACGUUAACCAAAAAGAUAGCAGAGGCCGGGCUCCCUUGCAUCAUGCCACGUAUCUGGGACAUACUGGCCAGGUCUGCUUGUUCCUCAAGCGAGGGGCAAACCAGCACGCGGUGGACAGUGACGGGCAGGACCCGCUCAGCAUUGCAGUCCAGGCAGCCAAUGCAGACAUCGUUACCUUGCUGCGGCUGGCUCGAAUGAAUGAGGAAAUGAGAGAAGCAGAGGGCCCCUUUGGACAACCAGGUCAAUAUCCCAGCAACAGCCCCACUGAGCUCCAGUACAAGAAGUGUAUACAGGAGUUCAUCAGCCUUAAUAUAGAUGAGUGUUAGUGACAACUCCCCCACCUCCCCUUUGCUGUCUUGAAGUGGGGCUGGAUUUCUGGAAGCCCCAAGAGCCCCAUCCUUGGUAUAUUGGUGUUUCUUGCAGAUUGGUCUGUUUUUGAUGCCUGAGCAUUUGGGUUGAAAUGCACGCAGGAAGGAAUGGGGUCUUUCCUCUUAGUGUGAAGUUCUCAUACUUGACUACUGGAUGGUUGAUUUUUGUGUAGGAGACUCUUGGGGCAUAACCACAGACCAUGACGUGUGGAUUUGAGUGUGUGAAAAGUAUGGGAGAUGAGUUUAGCAUUAAAUAAACAUUAAAAAAAAAAAACCCACAAAACAAACAAGAAAAAAAAAAAAAAAGAAAGAAGGAAGGAAAGGAAACCCUCUAUCACCAGGAGAAGCCCACCAACAAUAUGAUCAGACGAACCUGUCAUGCCUCUCCUUCAGUGCAGUCACCGUGCACUGAAUUCUUGUCUGAACAACUUGUUUGGAAGGGAUUCUGAUGGGGAGCCCUCUCCUGGCAGUGUGCCCAGCAGCCUGCUUGCUCCUGGGAGUCUGCAGCAUCUGCGAGCUGCUGGGGCCAGUUCAGAAAACUCAGAUGCGACCUCUGAGUUGGAAACAUGCUGUAUCUUGGGGUAGAUACUUUGCUCCAGAAGGCAAAACAGAAGGGGUAGAAUUGAGAGCGCUGGCUGCCCACCUUACUUGCUCUCAGGACUAUUACUAGCCACGCUCCCCUUUUUUUUUUUUUUGGCCUUGGUGGUUAGCUGGUCAAAGCCAUAGCUCACCUGCUUCCUGGGCCAAGGUGCAGUCUGCACAGUGGUGUGGAAGCAGCACUGCUAAUCUUUUGAGGCUGGGAGAAGCUUGUCGCUGGCGAUGGGCUUUUGUGUCAGGGAAGAAAAGCCAAGUCCAACUCCCAGUGCCAAAACGGCCGGCUGCACGAUGCCGCUUGGUUUGGUUUGUUUCCUAGUCACCAGAUUACUGACUUUGCAUCUCUGUGAAGGAGACUUCUACCUGCAUGUGUAUCCCUCUGUGCUCACCCCGCAUGCUGAAGCAUGUGAGUAAGGGCAUCUCAGCAGCUGGCCCAGGGACUUAAGAGUUUCCCAGUUCCAGUGGCCGGCACAAUCUUCUUUUGGUUUCUUUCCUUUCUGGUGUUAUUCUUUGCUGGAGUGGGGGGAAUGUGUUUUGGCUCGGAGCACUUUGUUGCUAACGUUUAUGGUCUGUGUUACGGGGACCAUGCUGCAUUAGCUGUGCGGAGGUGCUGCUGCAUGUGGUGCUGCCUCAGGUGGGCGUACAGAACACGUGUACCACUAGCAGAUUGUCCUCUGGCUGGGAAUUUGGAUGCCAAGCUGAGAUGUGCUCCUGUAAGAGCCACUUCAGCAUGCCCUCAAACUGCUGUAGACAUCAGUGUGUUUCAGGACUUGUGGGUGGCAACCCACAAUUGAUAUUUAGCCUGCCUGGGCACCUAGGCUGCUAGGUGUUGGGCCAUAGUGCCUUACAGAUAGAGCUGGGAUCCUGAGGGGGUCAGGAUCUCAUGAGGAACACAAACUACCAGGCAGAGUUCCCCAUCCUCCUGCAUUACAUCAGCAGUGAUACACAAUCACGCUAUUUCUCAUCCGAUACCUUUGACUUCUUUCCUUUCUUUGUAAACUGGCUGCUGUCUUGCCGCAGCCCUUGGUGGGUUCAGUCCUUCCAGGUUUGUUUCUACGGGCGUAGGUCUGUCCUCAGAUAGGAGAACAACCAGCUCUUCAUAUGAGACAGUGCCCUCAGAGACUGAACCAGCUGCACUUCGAGUCCACCCAUUUGUCUGAAGGUGGAAAAAUCAAGAGGCUCAGGCUCUGGUAGUUGUCUUCUCAGCUCAAGGGAGAGUCCCUGCUUCCUUAGGAAAGUGUUGCCCCACGUUCUGCUUCAGACAGACCACAGUUUUCUGUCUGUGUGAUCUGUGGCUUGAAGUUCGUCUUUCUCUUGGGGCUUUCUCAUUCCUGUUCCCUUUGGAGCUGUCAGGUGCCCGGUGCCGCAGCCCCAGCUGUGUUGUGAACCUGAAAUAGUCCUAGUGAACACGCUGAGCCUGCUGCAGAGUGGCGGCAAGGGGGAAUCUGACCCCAGGGCCUUUCUUCCUUCCCUAUAUAACAAAAUUCAUGAGCUUAGCCCCAUCUGCUUCCAUCACUCCACCAGGGGACCCGGUGCUUUGCACUCAGCCCACUGCUGCUGGAUUUGGUCCCCACUGGACACCUUCCUUGUGAGCUGAGCCUGCCCGCUCUGCAGCCAGCCUUCAGCAGGACUGUGCCCCACCAGUGCUUGAAUGCUCAGAGCAGGACAGGAACCAGCCAAGAACUGGCUUUGCCGCCUGGGUUAGGAACUGAGAGACCUUCUAUAAUGAAUUCUCUUUGAUGAUCCCAUCCCAUCUUAUGCUGAUCCGUGUCAGUUUAGAUGUUGGAGCUGACGUGGUCUCCCCAAGUCGUGCUCUUUUCUUGAAGGGGAAGACCACACUGCAUCAAAGCUGGCAUCUUUCAGGGUACUUCAGAGAUGGUAAAAGCAGAAUCCACGUUUCACCACCACCACGGUCCUGCUGUGUUAAUGAAUUCCAGCACGGUUAUCAUCUAGCGAUGUCUUUCACAUGCACAACAACCUAAAAACACCCCAAUUGGUUUUCCAGCUUUUUAUGAAAAGAUAGAAAUAGGACUGACCUUUCUGUAAGCCGACGAGGACUGGAGAUGUGGCUUCCAUUUUUGGGUCAUUUUAUUUCACAGUCAGCAUUAGUGACUCGUAAGAACAACACAAAAAUCAUGUACAGGUCCAAUGAAGCUCAGACUCACUGCUGAAGUACAUGAAGUGAAAGCAUAUGUAAAUACUGGUGCAAAAAGCAGUGUCUUGCAAGACAAUUUAUUUAACAUGUAUUGGUACUUUUAUUUAGAUUCAAUGUAUAAAGCGACUUUGUGCACUUUUCCUACAUACAGUAUUUGGGGGUUUUAUGUUCUUUUGUUAUGGGUUUUGUGCUGUCUUUUUUUUAAUCGGUGAAAUUGUUAAGUAUUUAAUUUAUUAUUGAUGUGCCCAGAGGACUAGUGCAAUUUUUAUUCAAUACAGUUUGUCUGUAUUUAAUGUCAGGAUUUUUUUUUUUGUAGCAGUGUUAGGGAAUAUUUUUCAAAUCCUGCCUUUUUUUCCCUGCCCUUUUCCUUUCUCUUCCCCCCCCCCCCCCCCCUUUCUCUUCUAUUUUCAUUAUACAGAUAGUGAGGCAUUAAAUGCCUCUAGUUUGUAAUAUAAUCAAACACUUUAGUACGUCCUGCGGUUUCUAAAACAAAAAAAUGGUUCUCCAGGAAAAUAAUGUUAAGGAGGCACUUCUCAAUGUUUUCUGUGUUUAUUUGAUUUCUUGGGUUGGGGUGGGUGUGUGUGUGUGUGUGUGCGCGCGCGUGCCUAGAUGCUUGGAGUGGGGAAGUUGUACAAAAAGUUUGUUUUCAGCAAAAUAAAUGGCCAAGCAGGCUCCAGGGAAGGUCAGACAUGAACACUCCUUUUCUUUAAAUUCAAGUACAGCUGUAUUUGUGUUGUACAAUCACAUUUGAAAGAUUUAAUGCCAAAAACUACUCUUCUCGUUCUUCCUUUAAUCUCAAAGAGUGCAUUUGGCAUCUCUGUGACAGUAACUUGCGCCCACACUUAACAUGAGAAGCUUUGCCUUUGUCUAGAAAGCAACAUGCCAGGCGUUCUCCAAACACAAAUGGACCAAAACCUGCAGAUUCUGUCAUCUCCUGUGUUUUUAAGAGCUGCAUGAAUAUUUAUAUACCUGUACCAGCUUUUGAGUUGACCCAAACCCUAUAACCAGGUGCCUGGAAUUAUAGCCUAGGUUUCAAUCUUAGGGCGCUGGCACAUCUCUGAUUCCACAUGGGACAACUUCAAGUUGCUGGCAAGUUGAAAUGAUCCCCCCCCCCUGUGAUCCCUCUCCAGGUGUCAUCUGGGCUUGCCUCAGGUGUUUUUGAUAUCGUGGUCUUUGCAAUGUGCAAUUCCUUCAAGCAGUCUCAAGGCAAAACGUGGAACUGAUGUUCCUAAAGAGAAAAAAAGAUUUGGCAAGCUGAGACUGCCAUCAGCAUAAAAUAGAUGAGUAACAUCUCAGAGUAGCCCACGGGGCUGUGAUUAUGCAAAAGUACAACAGGACCUCCUAAAGAAAUGCACUGAUAUGUGGCUGGCCAGUGGCCUAACGCAGCUGUCAGCUCCAGGCUGCUGCUGGCCGCCCUUGUCCCACCUCUCGCUCACUGCCCGAGCAUUAUUGCUUUCAACCAAAGACAAACCAGAAUGAACGGAUUCAAUGUGAUAUUAAACCACAGGUUUGCUGAUGACAAACGUCGGUGUGCGUGCGUGAGAGAGCAUUUGGUGCUGUUAUGCGGAGAAGAGGCGGGGAAGGAGGAACCGAGCAGGAGGAAGGAGAGUGGGAGUUUGAAACAACGCUUUUUUUCUUUGAGAUUCCAAAAUAUAGAGUGCUGUUUCCAUAGGAAUGUGAUUCAUAUCGCAGUCUGCCCGCUGGUUCCUCCGCCUUGUAGGGAACGUGGGCUGGGAUGCAGCGCUCCAGAGCUGUACGCCCAGGCCUGCGUUAGCGGGAAGACAGAAUGGCUACGGGGGGGAGGGAGCGAGGGGCAGAGGUGGGGUUAGGAGCACAGGAGCGUUGGUGUGGAUUCCUCAUCCUGGAGUAAGGCAGCCCUGGAGGUGGGCGAGCUCAGCCAGCUUCUUGGUGGCCAAAGCUCCGCACCUUCCGAGCUGAAACCUUCAGCCGCUCUGCGCCGGGGCUGGCACCUGCUGUAAAUACGCGUCACCUAUGAACCUCCCUCACUUGCCUGCUUCCAGUACCACUUUGGACCACGUUUUUUAAUCCCCCCUCCCCCCCCAGUUCCUCUACACAGCCUGUAACGAUGGAACCAGAUAUUCUGUACGUUAUUAUCUUUGUACAAUUUUAAAGCCGUUGCUGUGGUGUCUGCCUUUUUUUUCCUCCUUUCUCUUCUAUCGUCUCUUGAAACACUGUUAAUAAAAACCUAGAUGAACUCC